GAAGUGCCCUCUCCCAUUUCAACCCUCCCUCUCGACGACGUACUCUCUCCCAUUUCAACUCUCCCUCUCGGCGAUGUAUCCUCUCACUUAACAACUCUUUGGCCACAUCCCGACAAUGGUUCCCCUCAGUCAUCGAAAUGUCAGCCUCAACCCACUGCAGUACACGACCACGUUAUCGACGACCUAAUUAAAAAAAUCGUAGCUCUUUCUCUGCAUGACCAUGCUUUCGAUGCUCUACCCCCAAAGCCAGAGGCUCUUACUCUCAACGGCAACCACGCUGUCGAUGUUCUACUGCACAAAUCGGAGUCUCUUACCCUCGACGACAACCACGAUCUACUGCAAAAAUCAGAGGCUCCUGCUCUCGACGAAAACCCCGCUGUCAACGCUCCUGCUCUUGACGACAACUACGCUGUCGACGCUUUACUGCACAAAUUUGAAGCGCUUACUCUCGACGACGACCACGCCAUUGAUGCUCUACUGCACAAAUCAGACGCUCAUAUUCUCGAUGACGAUGCCUCUCAGUUAUCAAAACGCAUGCUACAUGAUAACACUAAUGACAGUCCCAGUCGCCGGCACUUACACACCACCGACACCUUACUUCGAAGUCUCGAGAUUGUCCAUCCUCGGAAUUUCAACUACGACUCACCUUACACAACGAUGCUAUCGACACCAUACUUCGAAGCAUACAACCUCCUAUUCUGGACGAUAGUCCCUCGAACCAAAACGUCAGCCACAACACCCUACUAGCACGACCACAGUAUCGACAUCCUACCAGCUGAACUCCACACGGCAUCUACGAAAAGUGAUUGGCCACU